UUAAGGCGCGCUCGUCUUACUUUCAGUUUCAUAUUUCUGAAACAAGUUGCCAGCUGGUUGGUGACGCAAAGCGGAGGGGCGUGGCUUACAUUCUGACACAUGCUGCCAACUGCUGGCAGAGCGGCUGUGCGUUUCUGCUCGUCUCAUUCGCGUCUUUUCGAUCUGGCGGAAAAGCAAAACACGGUUCACUCCGCUCAUCUGCGACUCUUCCUACAAUGGAUGCAAGCGUUCUGAGUUUCUCUCUGACGUUUCUGACCGUGCUCGGCUUGGGCCGGUGUCUUCAAAGGAUAUAUUAUAUCGGGAUUCAGGAAGUGGACUGGAAUUACGCACCAAGCGGAAAGAAUCUAAUCAAUGGCCUGCAAAUCGACCAAGACGAGCAUGCCUCUAUAUUUCUGGACAGUGGUCCAGCACGGAUUGGAGGGGUGUAUAAAAAAGCUGUGUAUAAGCAGUACACAAAUGAGACUUUCUCUAGUGAGAUCCUCAAACCAGAGUGGCUGGGCUUCCUUGGACCUGUGAUCCGUGCAGAAGUGGGUGAUGACAUCGUAGUACACAUGAAAAACUUUGCAUCUCGACCAUAUUCAGUCCAUCCUCAUGGAGUCUUCUACAAGAAGGAUUCUGAAGGUGCAUUAUAUCCGGAUGGUACAUCUGGUCGAAAUAAAAAAGAUGAUUCUGUGGGUCCUGGUGAAAGCUAUACGUACACUUGGAGCGUGACAGAAGAGUUUGCCCCUACCAAAUCUGACCCCUCCUGCCUCACCUGGAUCUACCACUCCCAUGUCGAUGCACCUAAAGACAUUGCAUCAGGACUUAUUGGAGUUCUGCUCACCUGCAAUAAGGGAGUCCUAGACAACUCGGGAACUCGACGCUUUGAUGUGGAUCAGGAGUUCUUCCUGAUGUUCAGCGUGGUAGAUGAAAACCUGAGCUGGUACCUUAAAAACAACAUUGAGAGGUUCAUACCUGAUGCUGUUAAUCUUAAAGACAAUGAAGAAUUUCAUGAGAGCAACCUCAUGCACGCAAUCAACGGUUAUGUUUUUGGUAACUUGCCACCGUUAAACGUGUGUGUCGGACGCACUGUGUCUUGGCAUCUCUUCGGCAUUGGAAAUGAAGUGGAUAUUCAUUCUGCCUACUUCCAUGGCCACACUCUGCUUGACCGGGGUCACCGUACUGAUGUGCUCAGCCUAUUUCCUGCCACUUUUGUCACGGCAAAAAUGGUUCCCAUGACAACAGGAAAAUGGAUGUUAAGUUGCCAGGUUAAUGACCACAUGCAAGCAGGUAUGCAGGGCUUCUAUGAAGUGUCUUUAUGUGGGAAGGAUGAUGCGGCACCCACAGUGACUCCUGGCCAUGAGAGACAUUUCUAUAUUGCUGCUGAAGAGCAGAUUUGGAAUUAUGCCCCCUCUGGGAUCAAUCAAUUCACAAAUGAAAGGUUGGAUGAGAAAGAAAGUGAUGCUGCAGAAUUCUUCAGUAAAGAGGAAGGCAGGCUGGGCGGGAGCUACUGGAAAGUCAGGUACAUUGGAUACCACGAUGACACGUUUACCACCAAGACUGAGCAACAUGGCUCAGAACAUCAUCUUGGCUUUCUGGGUCCAGUCAUUAGAGGAGAAUCUGGAGAUGUUAUUGUGGUAACCUUUCGGAAUAUGGCAUCAAAAAACUACAGCAUUCAACCUCAUGGUCUGUCAUAUGAUAAACCUUACGAAGGGGCCACAUAUCAGGAUGGUACUCAGAAAGCAGGGGCCAGUGUGGCCCCAGGUGAGACAUUUACAUAUCGAUGGCAGGUGAGAGAAGGCCCCUCGGACAGUGACCCACCCUGCCUGUCAUAUUUGUAUUACUCAGCUAGUGAUCCUGUCCGCGACACCAACUCUGGUUUGGUGGGACCGUUACAGGUGUGCAAGAAAGGAGUUCUGGAUGAGAGUGGUCGACAGCAUAUAGGGUCGGAGGUGCAGAAAGAGUUUUUCGUACUCUUCACUGUGAUCGACGAGAAUGAAAGCUGGUACCUGCAGAAGAAUAUUGAUGAGUUUGGUAGUGAUCAGUCAGACGAGGAAAACCAAAUAUUUCAGGAGAGCAACAAAAUGCACUGUGUAAACGGUUUCAUGUACGGGAAUCUUCCUGGCCUUGAUUUGUGUGAGGGGGACCAUGUUGUGUGGCACAUGCUGGGCUUGGGCACAGAGGUGGAUCUCCACGGCGUUUACUUCCAGGGAAACACUUUUCAGCGGGACAGAACUACGCAAGACACACUCAGCCUGUUUCCUCACACCAGUGUCACCGUCUCCAUGAUACCAGACAACAACGGUGUUUUUGGGCUGAGCUGUCGUACAACUGAUCACUACCGGGGUGGCAUGCUCCAGCUGUACACCGUCAAAAGCUGCACACCGAGCCAGAAACCUCAAUCGGAAGGUACGACCUUCCAACCUGAUGUAUAUUUCUACUUAGCUGCUGAAGAAGUGGUUUGGAACUAUGCCCCAAACCGGACAUGGGAGUUGGAGAAACAUCACACGACUCUACAUGACAGCCCUGGAAAUGUUUUCCUCAGUAAAUCUGCGAACCAGAUUGGCCCUGAAUACAGAAAGGUGGUGUACCGUCAGUACACAGAUGACACCUUUGCAACCAAGAAGCCCAGAGGUCCUGAUGAAGAGCAUCUAGGCAUUCUGGGUCCCAUUCUCAGGAUGGAGGUUGGUGAGAGGGUCCAGGUUGUGUUUAAGAACAAAGCGAGUAGGCCAUAUUCAGUUCAUGGUCAUGGUGUGAAGACCAUUGAGAAACACCUGGAACCUGUUCCUCCAGGUAAUGUUAUAAGGUAUAACUGGACUAUCAGUUCAGGUCCUGGACGCACUGAGCCCAACUGCAUAACCUUUGCUUAUUACUCGUCAGCUGACUACGUCAAGGAUUUGGCGAGUGGUCUGGUUGGACCAUUGGUAGUGUGUCGUAAAGGGACUCUGGACAAAGACAGAAGCCGAAGCGAUGUGGAUAAAGAAUUCGCUCUGCUCUUCAUGGUGUUUGAUGAGAACGAAUCCUGGUAUCUGGAGGACAAUAUAAAAACAUACCUGCACAAGGACCCAGAAACUUUUCAUAUACACGACGAGAAAUUUAUGGAGAGUAACAUGAUGCACGGUAUUAAUGGAAAGCUGUAUGCUAACCUGCAUGGAUUGAAGAUGCAGCAAGGAGAUCAGACUGAGUGGUAUUUAAUGGGGCUGGGAAACGAGAUUGACAUGCACACAGUACACUUUCACGCUCAGAGCUUCAUAUACAAGACCGAUCACCCCCACAGAGCUGACGUGUAUGACUUGUUCCCAGGAACAUUUAAGACUGUGGAACUGGUAGCUGGAACUCCUGGAACGUGGCUCCUUCACUGCCAUGUGACAGACCACAUCCAUGCAGGCAUGGAGACGACCUUCACCAUCGACGCGGCAGAUUCAAAAGUAGAGAACCCUAAGGGAAAUGGCUGCACAUGUUUGCAGAGUUUUCCACGAAUGCUACUAUUCAUCACAGUUGCUUUCUGGCUCCAGUGACUCAGAAGAGAUGUUUAAAAUCGAUGUCAUUCCAAACUGUGGUUUCGACAAAGACGUGGGAGGCAGAAAAGUACACAACACAUGAAUGCACUAGACAUGAAGUCAUUUUUCUACAUUUAUGGAUACUUGGAAAGUUGACAAGGACAAGAGACUCAGGAAGAAUGCUUUAAGUAGUGUUUUUUUCCUAAGCAGGUUUACAGGUGUAGGUUUUGUUUUUUUGUUUUUUUUUUGUUAAUGAAUGAGAACAAAUAUGAACAGUGGCAUAGCCAGGAAUUCUGAGCUUUAUAGUUAAAUGAACUGUGGCGUGCUCGUGCAUUUUUGAAACAUAUCUACAAUGUUUUCAUGAACACUGAAAUGAUUAAGCAAGAACAAAUGACCGGACUGCUGUGGAUCUUGGAUUUAGACUUUAUUUCACAUAUCACAAGCUUGGGGCUGCACUGAAGUUGUUUGAUUAUGUUCCAGACUCAAAAAGUGUUAAAUUAUGUUUGCUGACAAAUUACCCCAUCUUGUGUUCUCAUAUCUUCAGUAUUUUAAGUGCAAGCAUAUUAUAUCUGUAUGUUCCAACAUUUACGUCCAGGUGUACAUUUCUACAAAACGUAAACUGAUUACUUAAAAUAUCACUCAUGCAAGUCAACA